AUGCACGCGGAACGCACCCACGCGCAGCAAUGGACGCUCUCGUCUGCCUCCUCCGCGCGACUCCCGCGCAAUGCCAACCCUCCGCGCUUUUCGGACCCUCCAUGCGUCUCCAACCCUCCGCGCCUGAAAGACCCGCCCCGCCGGACUGCCGCUCCGCCGUCCGCGCCGUCCGCCACUUCCGCGUCAUCCGGGGGUUCUUCCGGGAACUCCGCGCCAGCCCCCCUUGCAGCGGAGAGGGGCGUGCGGGCGGUGUACGAGGCGCUGUCGGCGCGCGAGAAGCGCAAGUUGCGCUCCGCGCUGUUCCCCCUGCGAGCGCGCGCGGCGGAAUCGGCGAGCGCGGUGUGGCAGGCGAGCUGGGGGGUGGUGGCGCGCCUCCUUGCUGCGGAGUUGGGUGAACCAGACACAGGGGAGGAAGGCGGGGGGGAAGGUGGGUGGGGGCGCAGAGGAGGGGGUUGUGAUGCGGAAACACAGAAGAGGGGAGAGGCAAGACGGCAGCGAGUGGAACAGCAGGGGCAGGUGUUAAGUGUGGUGGAGGUGCUUUCCGAAGGAGUGGUGAGGGCGGGGAGAGGCGCAGUGGGGGCGGGGGAGGUGGAGGAGCUGGUGUGGGCGCCCUUCGUGAAGACCCACCAGGCUGUGCUCACCCCGGAGCACUGGACCAGCUUCGUCCCUCUGCUGCUCAAACUGGUGGCGAGGCACGGAGCGCUGCUAUUGGGCAAGCGCAGCAACGGGCAGCUGGUGAAGAAUAUGGCGCACUGGCUGCUGCACUGCGCUGUCUUGGCUGCCCACGCUGCCGUGCGGGAGAGGGCGCUCGUGGGGCUGCUGCUCCUCAUCGCCGUACGCCCUCUGCCCUCCCGCCCUCCUGCCGGCCCGCCCUCCUGCCCUCCUGCCAGCUUGUGUGCCUGCCUGCCUGCCUGCCUGCCUGCCUGCCUCUUCGCCCGCCUGCCCGCCCGCUCGCCUGCCUACCAGCCUGCCUUCGCAACUUCUCCCUCCCUCCCUCCCUCUCCCUCCCUCCCUCCCUCCCUCCCUCCCUCCCUCCCUCCCUCCCUCCCUCCCUCCCUCCCUCCCUCCCUCCCUCCCUCCCUCCCUCCCUCCCUCCCUCCCUCCCUCCCGCCCACCCUCCCACCGGCCCUCUCUCCCUGCCCCGGGGUCCUUAUGCAGCGCUGCCCCUGCCGCAACCCGCUCACUCCCACCCACCCAUGGGCAGCAUCCAUUGCACAAAGCUUGAGGGAGAGUGGGACAGUCGCUGCCAUCACCGUCUCCCUCACUCUCUCCUCCAUCGACCUCCUCACUCGCCCCUGCACUCCCCUCUACCCUCCUCACUCCCCGUCCUCUAUCCCCCCCCUCUCUCCCCCCUCUCCCGACUCGCCCGUCUCCACUCAUCCGGCUGUGGAGUUCAUCCAACCCACUCAACCGACUCAACCCACUCUUCCUGCUCACACCGCUCUCAAGCCUCCUCCGGGAUGGAAAGGAGGGGCGCUCACAGCAGGUGGUGCUGCUGAUGGUGCUUUUGCUCCUCACGGUGAUUAUCAGCUGCAUCAGCAGCAGCAGCAGCAGCGGCAUCGUCGGUCCUUCUCUCUUGCUCCUGACGCUCUCAGCAACCACACAGCAGCAUCAUACUCCCCUUUACCCCCUCCCCCUGGCUCUGCCGCUGCGGCCGUUGCCGCUGCCGCUGGCACUGCCUCUGCAACCGCUCACAACCCCUUUCAACACCUCAACAACAGUAGCAGCAUUAGUGGCGCACAGCACGCAGCACACGCACACACGCGAUCCCACAGCCACGGAGGCGGGCUGCUGCUCCCCCCCUCACAUCAGGCUCAGCGGCCGCGAGUGGGACGCGUGCGAGCGGGCAGCGUGGGGGGCUGGGCUGACCUCACCGCGCACGCCCUGCCUGGGUCAAGCGAGCGGCAUUGGUUUGAUGACGAGGGGCACAGCCCGAGGUUCAACGACACGCAUGGCCCUUCCACCGCCCGCAGCACACACAGCCAAGGCAUGACGAGGGUUAAGGGGAGUGAUUGGCAGCAUGGGGGAGAGGGGAGAGCAGAGGGACGAGGAGGCGGAAGGGGAAGCAAGGCGGCGCAAGAGCAGGAGCAAGAGCAGGAGCAGCAGCAAUCCUCCCUGUGGCCUUCCUCUGACGAUCCCUCUGGCCCUCUAGCCUGUGUGGCCCUCGCCUCCUCUGACCCCCUCCGCCCUGCCUCUGGCGUCUCCUCUUUCACCCCCUCCCGGGACCCCUCCUCUCUACCGUUCUCCUGUCCGCCCUCCCUGAAAUCUGCAUACUUUGCCGCCUGCCCACCUGCUAUGGCGUCUGCUCCUGCUGCACUACCAGCUAUGGCCCAAUCCGUGCAGCUUGGCUCGGCAGCAGUGUUGGAUCCUGCCGGUAUAGGGCCGGCAGGGCUGCCUGUAGACGAGCCCAGGACAGGUCCGGGGAGACCCCGGAGAUUCGGCAGACGAGGAACGGAAGGGUGGGGGAAAGGGGGGAUAGUAAAGGAGGGGACGGAGGAUAUGAGUGAGAAAUCUUGGGGAGAUGAACGGGAGGAUAGGGCAAUGGGGAGAGAUGGAGAGGGAGCAGAAGGAGGGGAAGCAUCAGAAGGACAAGGGUGGAGCGAGCAGCGUGAGUGGGACAGGGAGCACGAGGAGCGGUUCAGAGCGGUGGUGAGGAUGGUGGGGUCGGGCACGCAGGGCAGGAGGUUGCUGGGGGGCGUGGGGCUGGGCGAGCAGGUGCUGGUGGACGUGGCGAGGCGGUGGCGGUGGGGCGAGGUGAAGGCGCUCUCUGCCGUGCUGCUCCAUGCUGUGGACGCAUGGCAGGAGCAUGCUGACAUGGCCAAGGCGGCAGUGCAGGACCGGCAGGCGGUGGUGGAGGGGUACCUGCAGUGCGCCUCUGCGUGCUCGCACGUGCCCGACCUGCACCUGCUCUUCCUGCUGCGCCUCGCCCUCGCCCACCGCCACCUCGACCCCCUGGGAGGCGCGGCGGAGGCGGGGCAGUGCUGCGUGGCCGCUGCUGCUGUGGCUCUGCAGUACCUGCUCGCCCUCCUCCCCCACCCGCCGCGGGAUCACUCUAGCACAGACGAUGGCUCUGCUGAUCAUGGUGCGAUCGGCGCCCGCAGUGUCACCACGAGCACCGCCACCAACACCAGCACCGUCACCACCAGUACCACAACGACCGGUGCAGGCACAAGAGGCAAUGCAGCAGGCGACGAGGCAGUGGUGGCAGCGGGGUUCUUCUCUCGGGGUGCUGGAGGGCAGCGCAGCAGCGGGGCGGUGUGGGGGCAGCAGCACGUGGCAGCGCUGGCCCGAGUGUGCCCCGACCUGCCCCUGCUCGCCCCGGGGCUGCUCCGAGCGGCCACCAACCGAGCCACCGUGAGGAGCAAGAGGAGGAGCAAGGGGGGGCAGAAGAGCAGUGGCGGCAGCGGUAGUGGUGGAGAGGAGGAGGAGAGGGUGGUGGUGGCGGGGCGGGUGGCGGGGUACCUGCACGUCAACCCCCUCUUCAUUGCCUCUCUCCUCGAGGAAGCUUCCUCUCUCUUCGCCUCGGCUGGGCUGCAUUCCUUCGCCGUCCACCUGCAGGAGCUGCUGCUGCCCUUCUGGAAAGAGCAGGGAAACUUCUCUGCAGCUUCCCGCUGCCACCGGCGCUUAGCUGCCUCGUACCUGCUGCUGACUCAGAGGCCAGGGGGGGGCGGGGAGGAGGGGGUGAGGGAAGGUGGGUGCCAGCAGUCCCUCCAGUCGUGUGUGCACGGUGCGAGCUUCUUCCUCGUGGCCUUCUAUGGCGAGCGCUUUGGGCCGGGGUUCAACGGGCGGCAGUUCGUGUACAAGGAGCCGCGAGGCACGGCAGCAGGGGACCUGGUGAAGCGGCUGAGGGACAUCUACGACCGCAUCCUGGGCACCAGCACCUCGCUGCGCAUUAUCACAUCGCCCAUAGUCACACCCGACGACCUGCGGCACUCGCAGCUGUGCACCGUGCAGGUCGUGCCAGUCUACCCCGCCCCAGUCGACCCUCCCCCAGGGCUGCCUGAGGGGGAGGAGGGGCUGAGGGAGGGCAAGGAGGGCGCGGCGAGGGGCGACCUGGACGAGCUGUUUGGGGCCAGCGGCGGCGGGCCUCUCAGGAGCUUUCAGUUCAGCAUGCCGCCUUCGGCUCUUGCAGCUGCUGCUGCUGCUGCAGUUGAGGGGCUGGUGGAAGGGGGAGGCGAGGGGGGAGCAGGGGAGGAGGUGAUGCGGCUGCUGGAGCUGGGAUUUGGGGGCGCUGGGGGGGCAGGCUAUGGCAUGGGCAGCGGCGGUAUGGGGGAUAUUUCCAGCGACAUUGUGAGUGGUACUGCAUUCGGGCGGGGUGCAGUAUUCCCCGUGUGGCGGCACCGCAUGGUGCUGACGGUGCAUGCGCGCUUCCCCUCGCUGCAGCUGCACCUGCCAGUCGUGGCCACCCACAGCAAGGAGGCCUCCCCCCUGGAGCUCGUCUUAGAUGAGAGCCUGCAGUGGACCAGGCGCCUCUCACAGCUCGUCGCCACGUGGCGUGCUAAGACUGGCCGGAGCUUGGAAGCGGAUGGGAUGGAGAAGGGGGGUGGUGGGAGGAGAGGUGAGAGUGGUGUGCGUGGGUAUGAUGUGGAUGAGGAUGAUGUGCUGUGGGGGAUGGGCGGGAGGGGGCGGCGGGGGAGGCGGAGUGGCAGUGGCGGGGGGAAGGGAGAAGGGGGGGGAGCGUGGCGUGUGCUGGUGCAGGUGGCAGCGGCGAGCCUGGAUGCCAUGGAGGAGGUGCGGGCGCUGCAGCUGCUGCGCUCCCUCAAGGAGCGCCCUGCUCAGGGGGGAGGAACAGGAGAUGGUGCAGGAGAGAUUGCGGGGACAGACGAGGGAGGAGAGACAAGGACAGGCACAGGUACAGGGGAAGGCACAGGAGCAGAGGGAAGCGGAAAGGCGGGAGGUGCAGGGGAGGGGAGGAGAAGUGGGUCGCGGUGGGCGGAGGGUCUGGCGAGCCGGCAUGUGGCGCGAGCCAUGGGGGGCGUGGUGGCAGCGGCAGAGGCGGCAAGGGAGGGCGUGGAGGGCGUGGGGAAGCCGAUGGCGCCGCUGCUGGCGUGGCUGGAAGACGCUGCUGACGCCACCCCUCCUGAGACCCUUGCUGCCCUUGCUAGGGGUGUGGGAGAGAAGGGCGGGGAUGAAGGAUCUUCUGCUGCUGCUGCUGCUGCUGGUGCAGAUGGCGAUGCCACUCCCUGCGCCGCUCAUCCCACGCCCAGAGAGCUGGCCCGAGCGAGGGAGCAGCGCGAGGCAGAGCGGGAGAUAGCAGCAGUGGCAGCGCUGGCAGCGGCGGCAGCAGCAGGAGGGGAGGAGGCGGUGCGAGUGGGCAACGCUCUGACAGACUAUGUGGAGGCGCUGAGUGCGGUGGUGCAGGCGCAUGAGAGGGAGAUGGGGUGGGGGGACGAGGAGGCACACGAGGAGGUGAAGGCGCGGGCCAAGGGCGUGAUGGAGGAGCUGUACCUCUACGUGCCUGGCAUACGGCCCUGGGCCCUGGUGUGA